AUGGCUGAGCCGCUCUUAGGAGCUGGGCUUGUGAGCAGUGAGGAUGCAGCAGAGACAAUAGCAAUAGACUCUAACAAUCAGCCGAAGUCUCCACUGGAAAAGUUUAUGGUCAGACUGUGUACACAUCACCAGAAGCAAUUCAUCCGUGUGCUAAACGACAUAUACACUGAAGUACAACCAGACUCUGAAGGCCAGCAGUUGUCUGAAUCUGAGAGCAUGGAGGCCUCUACUUGUGGCUCUGGUUGCAGCCAGCGAAGCACUGAAAAUCAGGACAAGAGUGCUACUUGUACUGAAUCAAAGGCCCCUUCUUCCUCAGACCCAGGACAGUCGGGGUCUGAUGGCCCCCUGCAUAUUUUGGGACAAGCCCCGAAGCAGCUGGUAGAGCAUAAGUCUCUGGACAGAGCAGAGAGCUCCAGUCCUGCUUUGAGAAGGGACUUCUCUGAGCUCCCCGUCACCAGGCUUCGUUCUCCUAGUCCAAAGGAUAGCUCCACCCAAGGAUACCUCAGCACGUUGAACUCUUCCUCUUUGAAUUUCCAUCAUGCCGCAAAGAGCCUGGAUGGGCAGCAAGCUGCUGGACACGAGCAAGACGUCAGAAAGUGUGAGGACAAUAAAGAGCAGCUAGCAGGUAAGACUCUGAUGGAAGGUUAUAUCUCGGUCAAAGUGGCGAAUGUGAAUGGCAGUGAGGACAGCUUAGACAGCUGUCUGGGGUCCCAGAAGAGCUCCUUCAGAGCUCUGCCAGAAGAGUCCUGGGAUCCCAGCUUUGUGGUGACCCCCCCUCGCAGAGCAGACAAAGAGAACACUUUGCAAUGCAGCUCAAACGCAUCUUUGCACCAGGACCUAGACGCAAAAGAACAAGAUGCAAGACCAAAGCAAGAAAACCACCUGCACGCUGUGCCCAAGGGCAAGGCAGGCUGCCACCUGCACACGGCCGACAAGGGCCCGCUCGACAAGUCCAAAGAGGCCUGGCUGACCAGCAAGAAGGCGUCGGGGCUGAGGAUCAACGACUAUGACAACCAGUGUGACGUGGUGUACAUCAGCCAGCCCAUCACCGAGUGCCAUUUCGAGAGCCAGCGGUUGGUGUCAUCCCGCAAGACGGCGAGGAAGAGCACACGGGGGUAUUACUUCAACGGAGAAUGCUGUGAGCUCCCGACCGUCCGCACGCUGAUGAAGACCUGCCGUGUGGAGGAGAGGGGGAGCGGCCCAGCACUGCGAACAGAGACCCUUGUAAGCUCUAAACCAUCCCUGGUGCUCUCAGUGGGGGGGUCUGCAGGGACAGGACGGGAAGGUGAGAAGAGGGUUUCCCUGAGGCUCCUGGCUAAAGGGGCACCAGCCAGCCGAGAGGUGAAAGAGAGACCUGAUCUGGGCUCCAUGCAGCCCCGGGAUACCCGGGCGCUGCGGUCCAGGGAAGCCACCAUGGCCAUGCCCUUCUUCUCCCUCUCUGCUCCACCCAGCCCCCAGAAAGAGGACAGCUCGCUUCCAGGCACAGGGGAUGCAGAGCCCAGUGGGCUGGGGCUGGCAGAGCCCUGCCCAUGCUCUCCAGGCUGUCAGGCUCCUGAUGAGGCCCUUGCAACCACAGACAGGGAGAGCCCUUCAGAGCCCCCUGCCACCUUGCAGUGUGUGGAUGUGAAUAAAAGCAUCGAUGCUGAACCAGAAGCCGAAUUAUCAGGCACGGCAGGUGACAGCCCCCUUGAGCAAGAGGAGACUGUGCUGGGCAGCCGAGCCCUCCUCGAAAUACCAGAAGGGGAGGCAGUGCAGAAUAACAGCUCAGCAGGUGAAAAAGAACCUGUUGAAGGGGAAACACUGCCUGAACCCGACAUCUUCAACUCUGCAGGGAAAGACUCUGUCUCUUCCAAAGACGGUCUAGACAAGAAACGAAAGAAAGGCAGGAGAAUGCUAGUGGCAUCGGACCGGCGCCUCCGUAGCCAGCAAUCCCAGUCACCCAUCGAGGGCUGUGCUGAGGAUGCUGGUUCUUCCAGCUCUGUGCAGCUUCCUUGCCUUCAGAUCAAACUCUCCAAGAGCCCUGGCACUAAGCGGUUCAAGAGAGAAAUGGACAUGGAUGGGGCAGCAUCCACGCACGUCCCAAACGACUGCUUCCCCAAUGUGCUGCUCAAAACCAGCGAGGGGCUGGGCAAUGGCCAGGCUCCAGAGAGCAUUGCUGAGCAGGAGCCAGGUGAGGAGAAUGGUGUCACUACCAGACAAACCUAUAAAAGCAUCUUAGCAGAAGAGACUGUAGCAGAGGGAGAAAGUUCCUCUACAGGUGACCCUCCUGCUAACAGCAGCCAAAGUCAGACGGGUGAGAUGCUGGAAAUCAGCAUCCAGGCUGAUUCUGAGAAGAGAAGCAUUCUCCUCCCUCUGGAGAGCACUGUGUCUGCAAAUGAUGCCGAGCAAGUGGAUGUGAAACCAGGCAAUGCCAGUGCAAAGGACAGGGAGAGCUCCAACAGCACCGGGGACAUAGGCAAGCUGGAGAACUAUGAGCAAGUGGCCAACUCGCCUCCAUGUCCCAGCAGCAGAGGUGGAAGCAAGCAUGUUCCAGCAAAGGCUGCAAAGCAUAAAAAGGUUGCCCUGCAGUUUUAUAACUUAAGACACACCCCCACACCCUUAGACACUGCAAAAAAGAGCACACCAGGGAAGGAGUCUAUGCAAGCAAUCCCCAAACCGAGGGACGAACGCAAUUCAGGGAAUGAUGACUCUCCGGUGUUGGAGGACAUAGACACGGCUGACAGCAAACCAAAGUUCAUGGAGUGGUGUGCUGAAGAGGAGAACCAGGAGCUCAUUGCCGAGUUCAACGCCCAGUACAUGAAAGUUCAGAAAGGAUGGAUUCAGCUGGAGAAGGAGAUGCAGCCGACCCCCAAGGUAAAGAACAAAGCCGACAAACUGAAAGAGAUUUGGAAAAGCAAGAAAAGGACACGGAAAAGUAGAGGCUCGCUGGAAGUGCAGAAGCUUUCUCCUGUCCAGAUGCUGUUUAUGAAGGCCUUUAAGCUGUCUGACAUCUGCCAGUGGUUUCUGGAGACAACUGAAACCAGAUCUCUAGUGAUCGUGAAGAAACUCAACACCCGUCUCCCAGGGGAGAUCCCCCCCAUCAAAGUCCCCAUGCAGAAAUAUUCCUCCUCCAGUCUCUACCCCAGCUCACUGCAAGCCGAACGCUUGAAGAAGCACCUCAAGAAGUUCGCUGCCACUACCCCGGCUCGGAAUAACCUGAAGAACCAAAAGCUUUGGGCCAAAAUUAGGGAGAAUGCUGAUAAAGCAGACGCUGAGGAAACCACCACUCCCAGCCAUAUGUCUCCCACCAAUGCUGGCACUGAGGACCUGAGCGAAGACAAAACCAUCCAGCCUGCCCCCAGCUUGCCCACACAGGCCAGCACCAGGAUCCUGCGCAAGUACUCCAACCUACGGGGCAAGCUGCGAGCCCAGCAUCGCAUGGUGAAGGCGGAGAAGAAGAGCGAUGGCCCAGGGGACCACCCUUCCCUGGAGAGCAAGCAGAGCCGGAAGACUGCAAAGAAGAAGAGGACGCUGAAGGAGAGUGGAAGCACACAGGAGCGGUCUGGCUCCUCCACCAAGGACAAGUUGCCUGCCAAGAAGGCCAGUAAAAUAAAGCAUUCGGAGGUGAGCACGAAAGCUCCUGCCACCCGAAAGCAGGCUGCCAUGGAGAAGAGCAAUAAGCUGGCUAGAAAAAUGACUUUGAAAGAGAAGAGACCCCCAAAAAGGCAGCUGGAGAAGGUGCGGCUCCCCAUGCGGAAGGGCAAGGAGAACACGAGCAGACGGGCUGUGCUGCUCCCUGGCCAUGAGGAGCUCACCAAGUCCCCGAAGCAGAAGCCCCUGGGGGAGUCCUCCACACGGUCACAGAAGAUGGCCAACAAGAAGCCCAGCAGUGGGAAGACCCUGACAAGGUCCAUGAAGAAGAUGCAGGAGAGCACCGGGUCGCAGGGCAAGAGAAAGCUGAGGGCAAAAGUGGACUGUUCGCACAGCAAACGCUCGCGACUGGACCCGAAAUAG